AUGAGCGCCGCACCCAGCACAGUGCCAAGGGCUGUGGCUAAAGAAGCCAAUGCGAAUAAAUGGCCUCAUUAUCGAAACAUUCUUGGGAACCUGGAUAACUGCGCGAAGUUCACUCAGACAGUGGACCGUCUGACUUUAUACCUACGCAAUCGCAAAGGCUAUUACCAAGGCGCUCGUCCCGAAAUCGUCAGCGUACUCGAGACCGCUAUGGAUACCUUUGAGCGCCUCGCUCGAGCUUUGGUGGACUCUUCUACAGAGAUGGGCAGCGAUACAUCUAGGACGUCCGAUAUACUACCUGGCAAUAUACCAUGCCCCACUGAAUACCUACGCCCUCUUAAGGCAUUUCGCCAAAUGGUCCGCACGGUCCAUGCCCAUAUUGAUGAAUUUAAGAAGCCUCCUGUCAGCGAGAUGGACAAAGAGCUGCUCGCGCGACUAGUACCCAUAUUUUCGGCAUUCGUGCCUAACCACAGUACUUCCUCUGCGGUGCACGACGACAAUUCCUUUCCUGCUGUUGAGCAAACACCAACUGGGCUUUCACCUCGUCAAUCUGCUUUUGAGUCAAGUCACCUCCCAGAAACCCCGCGUUCGAUGUCUUUCCAUGGUCAUCGCUUCUCGCAGACUCCUUCGCGGGUGACCUCUCCAUCAACACCCUCACUUCUUCUACCAGCUACUAGUUCACCAUUUUCGCAAUCCUCAGCACCAGCAAGACAAAGACACAUCACUCCCCGCGACGAUACGCCGGAGAUCCCUGAUGAAACGCGCACAUACCCUACGGUCAAUGCGGGAGUUCCAUCCGAUGGAACGUCAACUGCGGACACAAGCUUUCCGACCCAACUUGAUCAGGUCCCAGCCACCGCACCCGAAGUUGAUAUGUCAGAUACGAUGGUAUCUGACGGACUUGAUCUUGCCACCGCGAACACUACUGUGGUGCCGUCGGCACGCGCAUUUGAAGCAACUCAUACCUCCGAGGGUGUCGACGACAUGAUAUCCAUGCAAUCGCAAAUACAUGAACCAAACAGUUCUAAUAUCACAUCAAACGAGGCUCUCGUCAAGACUGAGACUCUCGAUACUAUCACGGCUCCUCAAGAAGAUGACCAUGCUCCAUUUGGAACGGACUGUCGCAUGCUUUGCUUUAAGCGCGGGCAUCAUACGACGUCUUCUUUCACAUUGGACGCACUUGAUAUACCGUAUGACUCUAUACGCCUGUGGUGUGACAUUAAGAAUGGGGUCGUCGAUCCAGCAAGGCUUUUUGACAGUCGUUGCUUGUCGCUUGUCUUUUAUGACGCCGAGGACAUCUCUGCUCGGCAGAACGCCAAUCCGUCUGCGUCUGUCGAGUCUUGGUUCCAAUCUGCUCGCACCAUAUCGGCGGGCAAUGAUAAACUGCGCCAUGUAUCGGGAACGAUACACGGGAACAAUGCGAUACUUCCCGCCUAUUUUGCGUCUCAAGAUUAUCAUUCCGUGGACCUCUCGGCAUGGAUAGAGGAAACCGAUAAUUCCUUGCAAAUUUCUCACAUCGGCGACUUGAGCCGCUGCAUAUUCGCACUUGUACUGCAUCGGCCAACAAGCGUGCAGGAAACUAAAGCACGUCGAUCAUAUGCUGCGAAAAUGGACUGGUACGGAGGAAACCGGUUCCGGUUGUGA